CCAGGAUUCCCCGGUGGCUGCCCGUCGCUGGCUUUGACGUCUCCGGCGUCUUAACGUCGAUUUUAGCCGGUUUACUCCAACAUAAUCGGUGGCCGCUCGUGUCGGCAGGGAGCCCCCCGUGUCGUGAAACUCUUACCGAUAGCGCGGCCGGGUUAUUGGCCCGCUCGACCAGCCCCGGGGACCCACACGCGAAUACGAGGCCCUCGCUCCAUCCCCGGAUUCACCUGCUACGCGGAGAGCCUCGCACGGAGCGUCGACAUGGGGGACACGGGGAGCGAAGGCAGCAAGCCUCCGAGCAACGUCAACGUUAUACCGCCGCGUUGCCCCUGUGGCUUUUGGGGGUCCAGCAAAACUAUGAAUCUGUGCUCUAAAUGUUUUGCAGAUGUUCAAAAGAAACAGUCAGACGGUGACUGUAGCCAAAAGGCCCCCUCCAGCUCCAGCAGCAUCCAGGAAGGCAUCUUCUGUAAUGAAGCCAGCGGCAGCAUUAGUCAGUCCCUGAUCUCAAUGCCUAAUGCGUCGGAAGACUCUUCUCCAGGAGAGGAGGGCGUGACGUCUCUACCUGCUCAGGACGCGCUCUCAGAUGUUUCCAGCACAGACCCUGUCUUCAGCUCAUUCUCCACUCCCACCAAACGCGCCUUUGAAUCAGGCUCGGAGUCAGAAAGCGACGUCUCGCCCGAGAAGCGAGCGAGAUUGGGUGACGCGCCCGAGGAGUCUUCAUCGUCCUCUUCGUCUGCCUCGUCGUCAUCCUCGUCUCGCGGCUGUAAACAGCGGAGCCGCAAGCGUUGCCAUCGCUGCCAAACAAAACUGGAACUGGUACAGCAGGAACUGGGUUCCUGUCGCUGUGGUUACGUCUUCUGUAUGCUGCAUCGGCUCCCGGAGCAGCACGAGUGUCUGUUCGACCACCUGGGCCGGGGCCGUCAGGAGGCCGUGCUGAAGAUGGUCAAGCUGGACCGCAAGGUGGGCCGCUCCUGCCAGCGCAUCGGUGAGGAGUGCUCCUGAAGCGCCUCCGUGUUCAGAUGGCAUCUUGGCACAAACAGGGAUUUGAUUUUUCUGUUUCCUCUCAUUUUUGUUUUUUGAGGAUGUUGGAUACAAACCUCCAGCUCUUUCUUAAAUUAUGCUCGCUGUCACUGUAGUCCGUGUCCCGGUGGGUUCUGCUUCUGUUGGCUGCAUCAUAUCCCUGCUGCUAAGAUGCCAUUUGGAAAAGCCAAGCCAGGAACGUCCGAGUUCAUGAAAUAAACAGUUUCUUCAGGAUUUUGCUAGCUCCUGACUACACCAGUGUGAGUGGACAGAGAAAGGGAGGAAAUGUUUGUCCUGGACGCUAGACUUUACCUCACAACAGAAAAAGGCAAAGAAUGAGGAGGUGGUUUCCCUUCGUGUAGACUGUUGCUUUGGCACCUUUUAUGGACCGUGCUCUUUACCUCAGAAUCAGACAGAGCUGCUCUCUACUCUGCGCCAAGCCUAAACUUCUUGUAGACCACCAAUCUAGCCAGCCUCCGUUUCUAUCAGUGUCUUACCCCUCAGCCGUCCAUCACCUCUGCCCCGACCGACCCCUCAAUAAAAAGCAGAUGCCUGUCAAUUAUCCACCUCAGGAUAUCGAAGCCCAAUCUUCACUCGGAUCGUUGUCUUUUCCGCUGCAGGACACUUUUUCCUCUUUUUGUUUUGGGAUUGCUGAUUUUUGCCAUUUUGACGAUGAAGCUGGGGUCGUACUGUGUCUCCCAGUUCAGAACUUGCAGCAUUCAUGCUGACAGCUUGUCCCUAGACUGCGCACACAUUUGUUUCUAAUGUUGGGAAGUGACUGAUCCAGAUGUAACUGUUGAGGAUUUUCUCCGUCUUCCUCUUUUUGUCAAUAUCUCUCUCUCUCUCUUCUACAACUCAUUGUUCAGGAGGACACGGUGGACAUUUAAAAUAGACUUGUGCUGAUGACUGGACCUGGAGUGUCUGCAUUGUUCGUGUCCUCACAUUGUUAUACUUUUACAAAUACACGCAAUGUUCCGUGUUCUCAUUUGUUAUUCACGUGGAGCACAAACAGACGUUUAGGUUUGGACUGAAGGAGAGAUGGCUGAGCAUCACUCCCAGGGUUCCUGUUUGGGUCUGUGUUGGCUUUUCAGGUCUCUCAUAUUGUCUUAGACCUUCCGUAAGGUCAUUUUUGUCACUAACUUUAAAUCAAAACUUAAUAUUAUUUAGUUUCAUUGUUCUCCCCCCCACUUUAAUGUCCCUAUUUCCCUCAGCGUCUACCAUGAUGAGCUCACAUGCGUCCUCCUCCUGCCUCAGACGUUCCUUUUCUCAUCUCUAUUGAUUGCUCUAUUUUUCCUUAUUUUGUUCUCUCUCUCCCUCUCUCCCUCUCUCUCUCUCACUCUCUCUCUCACUCUCUCUCUCUCUCUAUCGCUCCCUCUCGCUUUGUCUGUGACCCUCUUACUUGUUUUGCUGUAGAUUAGGGAAGAAGCUGGGAUGAGCAGAAUGAACGAUAAGAUCAGCAGAUGCUUACUUCCCAAACAUUUUCUUUGUCAAAGAUAUGAACAGAUAAUGUAUAAUGAAUGAAUGAAUGAAUAUUCUGUAUCUUAAAAGACAUUUAACCUCGCCUGUGUUUCUGAUUUAUCCAUACUUUAGUGCAGAGCUUUUUUUGGUUGUAAUGUGAUAUAAAAAUGGGAAGAUGAUCGUAAAAAAAAUCUUUUGUUUCCAUUGCUCUCUUCGCUUUCCCUUCACAUUAUUUUCCUUUACUUUAAAGAAUAAACUGGAUUAGACCAAACAUGGA